AUGCCCCUGCUCCUCGCCACCGCCCAGCCUGUCCUCGCCCUCGUGCGCGUUCGGAUCCGCGGUUCUCGGAGAGAGGUGGUGGCUGGUCGCUUGCGGUUGCGUUUCUCCCAACUUUUGCUAAACCGUCUGUCCUGUUUUUGGCCAACAGAGAUUGGGCUGGGCUUGACUGGAUUUGGAGUUCUCUUCUCAUUGCUUGGGAUCAUUAUGCUGUUUGACAAGGGAUUCCUGGCAAUGGGGAAUAUUCUCUUCGUUUCAGGCGUCUUACUGACCAUUGGGCUGAAGCCAACUGUGCAAUUCUUCACCAAGCCUAAGAAUCACAAGGGUUCUCUCUCUUUCGGGUUUGGCUUUUUCCUGGUCCUCAUCGGAUGGCCUGCCUUAGGCAUGAUGGCGGAGUCGUAUGGCUUCAUCACGCUCUUCAGUGGCUUCUGGCCAACAGCUGCUGUUUACCUGCAAAAGAGCCCCUCCUUCGGUUGGAUAUUCCACCACCCUCUUGUGACUUCGCUGAUCACUCGGUUCAGAGGAAGACGGGUCCCGGUGUGA